GUGGACCGAUGCGCAUGCGCGACCCGCGGAAUUUUGAAUUCAUCCUUAUUAUCUCAUCGUUUCUACAGAUUUCAAUAAUUUCUCAUCGAGACCGUCUACGGAUAUCACUGCUUCUAAGCAGCUCGUCGUACAUAAAAAUCUACACACCUGGAUGAGCUAUAGUACAUUCUCCAUCCCCGACACGAUCACCAUCACCGACACGACAAAUAUUCAAACGCUCAUUUUGCUAAAACGAGGCACCAAAAUCCACGACAAGUCAACAUCUUUCCACGUGAGAUAUCCACACACACGUAAUCGCACAUAAUACGCACGCAUCUACUGCGCCUAUAAUUCGCGUGUGCCAAGCUCGCAUAAACAGAAUCACGCAAUUACCAACUGUGUUUCAGCCUUAUGAAGCGUCCAACGUUAUCAGUUGGGUCGUUAUCAAAUUCGGCAAAAGAGACUCGAGGAAAGAAAAACGAACGAGAAACUGCUGUUUUUUCCAAGCGGAAAAUCAUCGAUCGGCAUGAAAUAAAGGCGGAAUAAAAGUGCGGAUCGACGACGUUGGAAAUCAUCGCCUUGGUAACCACCGACAAAACACACUUGGUCGUCGAGAGUUGGUCGUGGACACGUUGCGUGGUCGAGGAACACCACGAUAUCUCGAGGAUUCUCUCUAUAUAUGGAUUUUUCGGUCAGAUUCGAUUCACGUCUAGGAAGACGUUGAUCUCUCGACAUCGGUUUUUUUCUUCUGUCUGACAUGACAAUUCUGGAGGAACUCGACUCGAGGCCUCGGGCAUUCAGCAGCUGACGGCAACCAGGCGAUCGUACAUCCGGGGAAAAGCGCUCAACGCUUGGCCAAAGAUGGAUCCCCGACUCUUCUGGAUCGUCUGUUUCUGUUUGAUCGCGAUCCUCGUUUCGAAAGGAUGGGCCAUCGAUUGUUUCAAGUGCGUCUCGAUCGACGGCGACAAUAAACCCUGCGACGAUCCGUUUCACAACAACGGAAGCCUCGCCUUCUUAGAGUCGCCCUGCUUGGGAGGUCGCAAAGGGCGCGAUGGUCUUUUCCCCGCGACUGCGUGCAUCAAAAUAGCGGGCAUAUAUGAUGAGUCCGGGAUCUCUUUGACGGUGAGAAGUUGCGCGCUGGACAGCGGAACUCUAACGACCGACUCCGAAAUCAUAAGAAUGUCUCAUUGUGGAGGGUUCUACUUCGACGACAAAUAUGUUCGAGGUUGUGUACAAUCAUGCAACGAUGCAGACGCCUGCAAUGGAUCUACGCGGCAAGCAAUUUCACUCAUACUUUUAACCCUAUCGAUUUUUCUUGAACUAAUUUGCAUCACGUGAAACUAAACUAAGUAACAUCACGUGUUAAUUAAACGAUAGAUAAUUAUUGUAUAUAUAUGAAAAGGAAACGAUUAUCUCUAUAAUAUUAAAUUGUCCCAAAAACUCUUUUUGUUAUUUGAAUAAUUUUGAUGGCCAUAACAAUCUAAUUUAUUUUUCUUUUAUAAAAAUUCUUUUUAAAAAUAGAGAUAUUUUUUGUUAAAUAUUUUAAUUCUUUUGCAAAAAUUAUUAAUUAAUAUUAACAAGUUAUAAAUUAUCAGAUUAUAGAUUGCCCUUUUAUAAUUAUACAUUAAAUGAAAUAAUGAUUUGAUGAUAAAAAAAAAUUUAUUCUUUCAAUGAUAUUUAAAAUUAUUAUCUGGAAUAUUAACAAAUUACAAAUUUAUUAGAUUAUAGAUUAUUCUUUUACGAUUAUAAUAUGUCAAAUAAAAUAAUCAAAUAAAUUAAUGAUUAUUCAUAAAAAAUUUUAUUAUUUUAAUAACAUUGAAAAUCAUUUCGAGUAUUUUAAAUACCUAAGUCAAAAUUAUUGUGAAAAUAGAGUAAAAUCAUUAUUUUAAAUUAAAAUGGUGGAUAUUUUCAGAAAAAUAUAAUUCUGACAUUUUGUAUAUAAGAUAUAUAAAAUUUUAUAAAAAUUUUAUUGAAAUACGUAAGUAUAAUCCACCUCCAUCACUAUUUUAGAAAAAUAAAAUAAUAACGAUUUUAAAAAAAUAGAUAAUAGUAAAAAAAUAAAAAGAAGUUUUGGGACAAUUUAAGAGAAACACUUCGAAUUUAAAUCAGUAACUUGACCAAUUUAGCUGUGGACCAAAGAUAAAAGAAAAUGUAAUAUCUCGUAAGUGAAAUAUCGAAAGCAUUUUUUUACUUUCGUUCGUAAAUUAUUGCAUUUAUUCAAUAUAUCAAAUAAAAAUUUAGUAUAAUAAAAGGAAUUUAAAGGUCCAAAUAUAUACGAAGAAAAAAUUAUUUAUGAAGAAAAAAAUAUAGAGAAUCACUGUUUGAUACUAUUUGAUAGUUUGCAGAAUAGAAAGAGCAACAACUGCCAUUAUAAUUAUAAUUAUAUAAUGUAAUUAUUAUUUUGUUAAUAUUCAUGCAUAGAAUGUGUCAUUUAUGACUAUAGUUAUUUGCUUAAGAAUACAAUCGAAUUAUAUAUAUUAUAUAUAUUACAUAUAUGGAAUUGUCGCAGAUUGUAUAGAAUAUCCAAUAAAAGGAAUUUUAAGUUAUAAA